AUGCCGAUGAACCAGCUCUGCCUCUCUGCAGCCCUUCUCGUCCUCCUGGGCACCCUGGUGGCUGGCACCCCAGGGGCUGAAACCAGCAAACAGGCCCAGGCUGUCUUCUGCCUGGAUCCUCCAUACACGGGUCCCUGCAAGGCCAAAAUCAUCAGGUACUUCCACGACACCAAGUCCGGGUUCUGCGAGACCUUUGUAUAUGGUGGCUGCAAUGCUAAGAACAAAAACUUCAAGAUGGGGGAGGACUUUGUGAGGACCUGCGGUGGUACCAUCAGGCCCUGGGAUGGGAACACUGAGUCAGCCACUCUAUAG